AUGCACACAAACCGGGUGCCCUUGCUUUACCUUUUUCUCAGCUCUGAUGUCACUCUGUCAGUGCUACCAGACGAUAUGACAUCCGAAAGGACCAUUCAGUUAGGCUGGAGCGAUAAGUCACUAAAAUUUGUCAGAAAGUUAAUAGCUGCAAAGCCAACAACCAUCAGGCGAUCAUUGCUGUUCUCCAAACUUCCAGGUUGCCUUCGAAAGUCUCCAAGAACUCUUCCAGGAUGUGAAUAUGAGCACUUUUCUGACCAUGUACUGUGUGUUUGUCAAGGUCAGAGUCCUUUUUGCAAUGAUCACAUCUUCAUUCGAACUGUUCUCCGACGAAAUGUAACGUGUCGAAUGUGUAGUGAACGAGAUCCGAACUGCCAUCACAAAUGUCAAGGACAGUGGUGUCACGAAGACAGUACAACUGGAGCAUCAGGAUGUGGUUUCGGACCUCCGUCUCUUCCGUUUUUCUACGAAGGACCUGAGCUUCUCUACUAUAGAAAUAAACUCUGCGUAACGAUUUCACGAGGGGCUGGAAAACCUCAUAAACACUGCAUUUGCAAUACGAAUAUGUGCAACGGGUUCAUUAAGCCACUACUGCGUUAUCCUGUAUUUCCACUGACAAGAGACAGUUCACUGCGGUCAAGAUCUUUAGCACUUAGCUCGUCCGAUCCACUGUUACCAUAUAGGAGUUGCGUGAGUUGUGAAGUAAAUUCACACGACGGUGCUACCGUAACCUCAUCAUGUAAACAAAACAGAUGUGUUGGCCACUUCUGCACCUACGCCUCUCAACGCCAUCUGAGUCAUGGAAUGGGAAGGAGUACUACGGUUCAAACUGUCACCGAAAAACAAGGAUGUAUUAAUGUUACGGACAGUUCACUGGUUCAGCUAGGUUGUUCUCGAAAAUGGAUGCACAACGAGUACGAAGAGGUGCUGUGUGCAUGUGAAUCGGACAACUGUAACACGGACGAAAUCACCGCGGAUGCUGCCAGCUUCUCCGUCACACCACUCGCACCGCUUCUUGCUGUGUUGUUCUACAACUCCGUGGGACACUUCUAA